AACUGUCUGUCCUUCCUAUUAGACCUUCUUCAGUCUACAAGGAUUCCCAUGUAAUUGGGCCUCCCAGCGGAUGUUAAUAUAUCACCAGUGAAUCUGCAGCCUGACCUUUGACUCUGAGAUAUUGCAGACAAGCCAAGCAGCAGGGAGAGAGCAGAAACACACUCUGAGCAGCCAGCAAUUGUGACGGGCUCACUGUUUUCACGGGAUCCUCUGUCCUGCUUGCGUUGAUUUUCUAAGCAGACGUCAUCGUGAUGGAGACACAGCAAACGGCUGGAAGUUUUCCUGCGCUGAGCCAAACCACUGUCACAGCAAGUAUAACAGGGGCUACCAUGGUAUCCAUGGAUACUAUGUCUCGUUUCCACGGGGAAGGAGUUCGCUACAAAGCCAAGCUGAUUGGCAUGGACCCAGUACCCGACGCACUCGGAGAAAAGAUGUGCAGAGACUCCAUGAUGAAACUAAAGGGCUUUGAGGUAGCAGGAAGGAAACAGGGAAUCCACAAGAGGAGAAUUUGGUUGAAAAUUUCCUCCAGUGGCUUGAAAAUUCUGGAUGAAAGGACCGGGGCUGUUCUUCACGACCAUGAGAGGAGCAGGAUCAGCUCUUUGACCAAAGAUGAGUCUGACCCCAGAGCUCUGGCUUACAUCUACCAGCAUCAAGACAACUACAUCCUCUUCUACAUCAAGAUGGCUAACCUGGCACAUCCAGUGUUCCUUGACAUCCAGGAAGUUUGUCAGCAUGUGGACCGAGAGAUCUCGCAGCAGCCUGCAGAGACACCAACACAAGGUGCUUCUUUACUGGUUCUACACAAGAGCUCAGCAGCAGAGGAACCAGCUCUUGAAGAUCUGUUCAGCCCACGGCCAGAUGUUUCAUCACAGCAGACAAAGCAGCAGCCCUCAUCCACCAAUGAGCUGAUGGAAGUGUUUUCGACCCCACUGGGGGAGCCUCUGGCACAAACUCAGAUCCCAGAGCCUCCACAGCAACAGCAAGUGCUCUCCAGCUCGCAGAUUCUCUCUAUGUUCCCCACACAUCCUGUAGGUGGCUCUCCAUACUCAUCCCCCACAUACCCUCCAGCCAGCAUGCCUUGGGGCCAGCAGGCGCUUCCAGGAAACCAGUGGGCGGCCCCGUGGCCCACUGCGCCUGGCAACAUUUCACCAUGGGCACCACCAGGUGUCACAGUAUCCCCUACAUUAAGCCAGGCUCCCAGCAUGGCCAACCCUGUGCCCGGUUUCAUGAUGGGAGGAAACGCAGCCCCUACGCCCUCUGGUGUUAACAGCUACUCCACCCCUUUAAACUCCUUAAACUCCACCCCUAUAGGAACAACAGCAGCGCCACUGUCAGUGUCCUCACCCUUGGAGAACCCCUCCCUCCUUUGAAAUGAGUGUAGAAAUGUGAAUUUAUUGAGUUCAUGUUUUGUUUUUAGAAUUUUUAGUAAAAGAAAACACCACCACACACCUACAAUGAAGCUCUAAAUUAUAGCACCAAUAUUCUUAUUCAUUCAUUUUCUUAUAUAUUUAACUACUUCAAGGGCUGCCAUGAGAUGAGAGGUGGAGAGGUUUCAAGUCCUUCACAGGGGCUAACAGAGAUAGACAGACAACAGUUCGUGCUCAUAUCCACACCUACGGCUGAUUUAGAGUCACCUGUAAACCUAAACCGACUCUAGAAGCCAGAGAGCCCAUAGAGAACCACACAGGCACGACCAUGAGCACGCAAACGCUACUCAGAAAGCCCCCAGACUGAGCCUGAAUCCUCUUGUUGUGAGCCAACAGUGUUGACUCAUCCGCCAACAUUGUAAACUGAAGUACAGUUAUGGUACAAAGUUUACAUCCACUCAGCAUGGGCAUGAAUAUUGUGGUAAUUUGGAGGUUUUAAUCAUUUAUUUGAACAAGAAUUGCGUGCACAAGUUUGAAUUUAUUUUGGGGGUGGGUUUCAAAAAUAUACAUACACAACCAUUAAUAUUUGGUGAAACGUUCCUUAGCAGGUUGCACCUCAAUCAGACCCUUUUGGUAGCCAUCAUCAAGCAUUUGGCAUAAUUCUGACUGGGCAUUUAACCAUUCUUCUUGGCAGAAUUCAUAGACUUCAGAGUUCAGUUAAUUUUGUUCGUUUCCUGGCAUGGAUCCACCUGUUGAGUGUAGUCCGCAUAUUUUCAUAGGGUUGAGGUCAGGGCUUUGGGAAGGUCAUUUAGUUAGCCUGCUUUAUCCAUUAGGAUCACAGUCCUGUUGGAACAUCCAGUUGUGUCCAAGUUUCAAGCAUCUAACUGUUGAUUAGAGAUUAAUUUGAUGAGCUCAGAGGUAGUGCUUCUCCUUCAUUAUUCAAUCCACUUUGUGUAAUGUACCAGUACCAUUUGCAGCAAAACAGCCCCAGAGCAUGAUGCUACCACCACCAUGCUUGACAGCUGGUACAGUGUUAUUAGGCAAAAAAGCUCAAUCUUUGUCUCAUUUGACCAUAAAACUUUUCUCCAGAAGCUGUUUGACUUGUCCAUGUGGGCAACUGCAAAUUUCAGUUGAGGUUGAAGUUGCCAGUUUUGGAGCAGGAGCUUCUUUCUUGAUCAAUACCCUCUCAGACAGCAAUACUCACUUUACUGUGGACAGUGAUGCUGCUGUUCCAGACGUUUGCAGUUCAUGGCAGGCUUGAGCCUUUUCCUUUCAUCUGAGGAUGACAGUUUGGGUCUUCUUUAGACCUUCACAAAGGGAUGAUCCUGGGAUCAUCCCUUUGUGAAGGUCUAAAGAAGUUAGAAAUGCCCCAUUAAACGUCUGGAAUAGCCUUCAGAAAGCCCCGACUUUAAACGUCUUGAAAAGUUAUGGACUACUCUUAAAAUCCAGAUCUUUGAACUCUUGUAGCUCAACAUGGCAACAGCAAAUAAAGAAAUAAAUAUUACAAUACUAUUACUAACAUUAAUAAAAGCUUAAACAGACUAACAGACAAACUGUACAAUUUUUAUUUCUAAUGAAUAUGUAAUAAAAUGUUUGUGCUGAACAGUGAAAUCUGUCAAUAAAUGCUCAGAACUUCCAACUUUAUUUUUUCAUACAAAUCCUGUAGUCUGUAAAUUUAUGAGGACUUGAUGUUGAUCACUUACUAUGUUCGGUUUUUUAAACAGGACUUUUUGAAAUGGACUGUUUAACCAUUUGAUUUGUGAAAUUUGCUGAUAUCAAAUGAAUUCCGACUUUCUGUCUUGUUGAAAGGGAUUUUGGGGAAGUUUUUUCUCCUUCUAAAUCAGAGUUUGAGGAAGUCUAAUUUACACAAUAUAAAAUCUUUUUAAGAAACUUGUGACUUCCUCAGAUUUUGGCUAUGAAAAGACGGCUGACUACAUGACGUGUACAAGAUGAAUAAAUGACAUAACAUACGAGGAAACCCCGCUCUUACUUCACUAAAAUUCUCGUCCUUUCAUGUAUUUUUCAACAUCUCCUCGUCUUAUCUAAAUAAGGUUAUUUUAUUCUUUCCUGCCUUAAUUAAUUUGCUUUUCUUCACUUCAUGCGCUCACACAUAAUCAAACACAAAGAGUAGAUCAACAAAAGCACACAGUGAGAUUAAUGCCACACUUAGUAAGGCCCGGUUGGAUGUUGUUGUGCACAUUAUGAUAAGGCUGACCUUUCAGGGCGAAAUGAAACAAAGUGGUGCGCCUAUUAUUUUCUGCUCUUAUUCUUAUGUUGUGUCACUAUCAGUCACCCUCUUGCCCACACUAAAUUGCAGAGCAUUUCCUCAUUCGCAGUAAGCUCAGUGUGGUUGUGCGUGCAGCAGCACACACAGCUACAUCGGCCUGGAUACUGGUGUUACUACUAGACAUGGAACGUUUUGACCACUAAUAAACUAUCACUGAAGGAAAAGAUGGUAAGGCAUUCUUAUUUAUUCUUUUUUUGAAUGUACCAAUGAUGGACUAAUUAGGAAGUCCUCCACUGAAGCUUACACAAUCCUCUUCAGGCGCUGUGUCUUUAACUCUGACCAUUUCCUCCUGACCACCAAGAGGUUUAUGAAUAACUAGACUUUUGUAGAAGGAACCUCAGCAGGUAUUAUUGUAACACUACAGGUCUAACCUCAGUUUCUAUGUAUCCUCCACUUAGAACAAAUGUACUUUUAUAACUUAACCAUCUUUAAAACGUUCAAAUUUUGUAACACAAUAUCCACAAAACAUGACAAGUACAGUUUGGCACAGUUUUUCUAAACAGCGUUUAUUGGAUCAGUUUCACAGGGAAAAAAAGGGGAAGUUGAAGAGAGAAAAAAAGAAAUGUUCAUGGUCAAGCGGAUGAAAGCAAGUUUUAUUACAAGGCUGUUGCUGGUUAAUGAUUCACACUAAACUUUAUGGCUACCUAUUUUCUAAUGUAUCCGAAUGUUAAGCACCCUAAGGCUUUUUGUUAGACAAAAAAAAAAGAGUCAUAGUCAUAGGUUAUGAACUCUUUUAGGAAAGGAUUUUAUUCUUCCAUCACUUUUCUUGUUUCUUUUUUACUCAUCAGCAGGGAGUAUUAACCCUGGCCACUCUGAUUUUACACGUUAGUAUAAUUCUCGGGCUUCAUGGGUGACUGAAAAGCUGAACUGGGGAUAAAAUAAAUCAAGACAUUUUACUUAUGAAUGGUGUGGCCUUUAAACUGGACAUCAUUGCAGACAAUUGGUAAUUAUUUUAAAAAAAAAACAACAACAACUUGGUUUUACCGUGACCAUAAGAAUGAAAUUUGCAGUAGCAUAUGUAUUUUUAACUGUCUUGUUUGUUACAGUAGAGUUACAGUAGUACUGUUUUCUCAUUAGGACCUGAGUGCAGCACACCUGCACAAGCAGUCUGUGGUUUU